UUAACAACAUUGUUCAUUCAUUAAGUGAACAAAUACGUAAAGGUUAUGCACAGCCUUUAGAUGUAGAAAAUAUCUUGUUUGAUGACCUUUGCGACAAAGAAAAACUUCAUAACCUUUUUCACAUUGUUGAGAAAGUUAUAGUAUGUUGUUAUAAAGGGGAGUCUCUCAUCCAUCGUGUGUGUUGGAGCGUUAGUUAAACAUUAAGUAUUGCAACAGGCGUAGUGACUCUUCAACUUUCUCCCAGGAUUAAUACGAUGUAUCUAACUAUCGGGGCGAAUUUCAUACUUUGAUGUGGUACAUUUCGUUGAUUAUAGGCAAAAUAGUGUGUUUUAAUAUUUACAUUGACAAACAUAUUUCAUACUUUGUGAAAUGACUAAGAUAAGAUUUUUAUUACAUAGAGAACUUACUUGAUUUUAUUUUUGUGAUUUUAAUUUCGAUUUUCGGAUGUACAUUAAUAAAGACACAAAAUGAUAUAUUUUAGGUAUAGUUUUAUGCUAGUGUAUAUUGGAUGCAUAUCUCUUCUUCAUCUCGUGGAUCAUACAGAAGCAAGAAGAAAGAGAAAUGCUCAUCGGCGGCAUAAUAACCAUUUAGACUGGAGUGGGUGGACGGAAUGGUCGUCAUGUACGGCUCAAUGUGGAACUGGUGCCACGUACAGAGAAAGACACUGCAUAGACCGACGAAUGAGGGCCUAUUCCAAUAAAUGUCACGGAAAGAGACAUCAGUUUAAGAUAUGUAAUACUCAGGAUUGUACACAAGGGCAAGAAACUCUGAGGGAGCAGUUAUGUUCAAAGCACAAUAAUGACGUCAUAGGCGGCAAACGAUAUCGAUGGCUCCCUUAUCUAUUACAUUCCGCUAGGUGUGAGUUGACGUGUAAAGCAGGCGGUCAAGGUUUCUACAACAGCUUUAAAGACCUUAUAAUAAAUGGUACAACAUGUUCAAACGACGGGUCAUCAGUCUGUGUGGAGGGAGUUUGCCAUAAAUUUGGAUGUGAUGGUAUAGUAGGAUCCAAAGUUACCAAGGAUAUUUGUGGUGUCUGUGAUGGAGAUGGUUCUACGUGUAAAAUGGUUCAAGAUGUUUAUGAAGAUGACAAAUUGAAAUACGGAUAUAAUUUAGUAACCAUUAUUCCAUCUGGAGCUACAGCAAUAAACGUUACACAACUGCGAAUCGGCAGAAAUUAUCUGGCCCUAAAAUUAAAGAAUGGACAAUACAUUAUUAAUGGCCAUCGUAGAUUGUCCGCACCUGGUCAGUACGAAGGUGCGGGAACGACAUUCACCUAUAAAAACCGUGCUUCAAAACAUUGUCCUGGUGAAUGCUUACUUGCAGAUGGUCCAACAAAUGAAGACCUAGAAGUGAUGUUGUUAUAUUUUGGGAGAAACACUGGUGUUUUGUACAAAUUUGGAUAUCCCAUUGACCGAAAUGGUAUGCUAAAAUACCAAGAUCUUUCUCUCGCUAAUGGAAACUCUGGGAAUUCUAUUCGUAUUGAAGGUGGCGAAGAAAGACAUGCCUCUACUACAAACUAUUUAAGUAACGGGUUUAGUGACAGAAAUAACAGAAAUCAUGACUACAACGGAGAUAAUGAUUAUUACAAUGCUGUCUUAGGUAACUCUAGAAAUAGAAAUACUCAAUCGAAUGGAAAUCCCGAUAGGAGGGGAAACACUGGUUCGAAUACAUAUCAAGAUUCGAAUAGAAACCAAGAAAGAAAUAGAAAUCAAGAUUCGAAUAGGAACCAAGAAAGAAAUAGAAAUCAAGAUAGAAAUAGAAAUCAAGAUUCGAAUAGGAACCAAGAAAGAAAUAGAAAUCAAGAUUCGAAUAGAAACCAAGAUAGAAAUAGAAAUUCCGAAUGGAAUAGAAACCGAGAUAGACAUACGAACCGGAAUGACGGAACUAGGAAUAUAUAUACUAACAACAGAGGACUUCCACAGACAGAAAGAUAUGAUGCAACAGUUGUUAUAGAAGAAAGUCAAAGAAGGCCUGAUAGAAAUCAACCUAAGGACAAAAUGGAGAAAAGUUACUAUAUUUCAUCCAUUUCUGGCGGGAAAAAUCUGCCGAUACCUGCCUAUACUCAAAGUUUUCCAUUUAUGGAUAAAAUGAAGGAUAAAAUGCACAAAAAUGGAAUUUUAGCAAAUGGUCAAAAUGAUCCUAUGUACCAAAAAACUGGAGCUCUCAGUGAUAAUGGUAGAAAACCUAUCAUCGUGUCAGAUCCUUUAGACCCUCAAACGGCUCCAGUCAUUUAUAACUGGAGAGUCAUUGGUUAUACAGAUUGUAAUAGGACUUGUGGAUCAGGGAUUCAACAUCCUAUCGUUAAGUGCGUGCGUGCUUCAAAAGAAGUUCUUGAAACUCAUUGCAGAAAAUUACCAAGACCCGACGAAACACCAAGAGAUUGUAACACUCAGGCCUGUCCCGCAAGCUGGGAAGCAUCACCAUGGACUUCUUGUAGUACAACGUGUGAUGAUGGGAUGCAAAUAAGAAACAUUUCCUGUUUAAAAGAAGUCGCAGAUUCUCUGUUCCUCGAAAGUACAUUGGACGAAUGCUCACAUCUAGAUGCACCCAAAACAUUUAGACAUUGCAAAGUAGAAGAUUGCUUCAAAUGGUCCUCUGAUCAAUGGAGCGAGUGCUCUACAAACUGUGGUGAAGGUUUAAAGACACGAACAGUUAAUUGUACGUCAGCAGAUGGUCUUAUCGUAAACGACAUAUACUGUAACAGCACUGACAUGCCACCGGAAGAGGAAGGAUGUUAUUCUACAACCUGCGAAGAAUAUGAAUACAGUGCCGCUUGGUAUUCUACGAGUUGGGAGGAACAGUGUCCAGUUACAUGUGGCGUAAGUAAGCAGAGACGCAGGGUUGUUUGUGUAAGUGAAAACCCAUCAGGUCCAGACUGUGAAGAGGGCGGGAAACCAGAAGAUGAACGUGAAUGCAGAGCACGUCAGAAUUGUAAUGGUUAUUGGUUCAGUGGUCCUUGGCUACAGUGUAAUUCUACCUGCGGUGAGGGAACUAGAAGCCGUCAGGUCCUAUGUUUACGAGAAAAUGGAAAUACAGCUCAUGAGGUUAUACCAAAUAGUUAUUGCGAUAUGGAUGAGAGACCUGUCGAGCAUGAAAUUUGUAAAUCCUCAUCAUGUCCGCCAGAAUGGUUCAUGACUGAAUGGAGUCAGUGUUCUGUAACCUGUGACAAAGGAGAGAGAUCACGUGACGUGUUGUGUAUUGACACAGAUAACCGUGAGGUGAAUGCCUGUGAUAUUACCAUGAAACCAAGCAACUCAGAGGAAUGUGGGACUAACCCUUGUAAUAGUUAUACAGAUCCUUCGGAAAGAUGUGAAGAUACAUAUCCAAACUGUCCAUUAGUUAUUCAAGCCGGAAUGUGUAAGCAUGACGGAUACAGGGCAGUCUGUUGUCAAUCGUGCCUGUCAAACAAUUGAAAUGACACAAAACUGCCUUGAUUUAGAUAUGGUCACCUGAAAUCUAUAAACAAUGAUAAAAUAUGAAAACGGGUAAAAGACUAAAUGGAAUUUACAAUGAUACAACAGUUGAUGGUCUAUUGUUUGGCUGUAAAGAACAGUUGUAUUUGAUAUUUGUUUAUUUACAUGUAUUUAAUGUUUUAUAGUAUUGCCAAAAAAUCUGACCGUUGGUCAUUCAAUUUGAUGAAAUGCUGUAUAAAAUAUAAACAUUGUUAUAUAACUAUUGAAUGAUAUAAAGAGAGAAACGUACUAGAAUGGAAGGGGACGUGACAAACAUUGCCAAAAGAAAAAAGACACGAACUCGGUUCAACACCCAAACGUAAUCAUAUUUAAAUGCAGGCAGCAUUAUGUAUUUAUGCUUAAUUCAAAAUUACUCAUUUAAAAGUGCCUUUUAUUUCAAAUAUCGUCAGAAUAACUAGUUAAGUACCUGCGAAUGCUCAACUCUCUUUGCAAACAAGAUAAUAGAAUUUCAAAAUUUAUUAAUCAAAUAUAUCUUUUUUCUUUUUACAAUUCAUUUGAAAUAUAUGUAUAUGAAAUGAUAUCUGUUUAUUCUAUACGUUCAUGCUAUGUACAAUUAAACCUUUAUUUAUGCCUCAUAACGAAGUCUUAAAACGUACAUUUGGUGUUUCUCUAAACGUCAAAUAACAGCGUUCGUAUUCUGAAACGUAAAUCAAUGUUCAUUAUUUAUAACGUCUAUGUAUAAAACAGAGGUGAAAAAUACCAAGGAGACAUUCAAAAUACAUAAGUCGAGAUACACUGGCAACGCCAUGGCAAAAUAAAUGAGAGACUAACAAACAGAUAACAUGUUAAAGAUAAACACUACAUAGAAAACUAAAGCGUGAGCGACACAACACGACACUUGAACACAGAUACCAGAUCCUGCUCCACUAGUGGCACACGUCGUUUGACUCAUGGUAAGGACACAUUAUACGAAACGUCUCUUUUAAAGUUAUCACGAUCGAGGAGGGGACGACGGGAUUGGAGAUCAGAAAGUUUGAAUACAUCGAUGGUCCUCGGUGACACCGAUAAUACAUAACUGUCAAACAAACUCGUGAUAGCUUUUUUAGCUUUUUGUGAUAGAAUUGAGAAUGGAAAUGGGGUUUGUGUCUAUAGGACAACAACUCGACCAACGAGCAGAAAAAAGCGAUUGCCACAUGUUGUGUGUCCACUUUGGGUAUUAUGUUUCAUAACUAUAUCAUCAACCUGUGAGUUUCUUAAACAAAUUACAAAAAAAAGUUAAAAAAAGGUGGACCAUUUUCUGCUAACGUAGAUGUUAAAACAAACAACAUAUUAUUCGGCCGAUUUAGAUAUACUAGAUCUGCAGAUAUAAGAUUCUGUAAUAUGACUUUGUGUUGUUUGUUAGUAACUAUAUUUCACAUUUUGGAGAUUUGUAUAUGAAUAUUACCGUGCUACAUUUAGUUAUAUGAAUAUCAUCUUUUGCCAUUUGUAUAUGUUUUAUUUGCAUGUUAAUGAAUUGUACAAAAUGUAAGAUAUUGCUUUGUCAUCAAUAAACUUAACGUGUAGA